AUGCCCGCAGUGACGCCGACGCUCCAAGCGCGCGCCACGUCCAGCACGUCGUCGCAGGCGUCCGCCUCGUCGUCCUUCCUGUGCUCCGGCAGCAACUCGUUGGACUCGCGCUGCGAGAAGCCGUCGCCCGGCACCGCGCUCGAGAUCGGCUUGGGCGUGGGCAUCCCCGUGUUUGUGAUUGCCUGCGUGCUCGGCUUCUUCGUGCUCAAGAACUACCGCAAGGAGAAGAAGGAGGCCAUGUCGCACGACCCGGACUUCGACGAGAACGGCGACGCCACCGCGUUGCCGGACUUCCCGGCGUUCUCCAAGGAGGACCCGUUCGGCAGCCACGCGGCCGUGGACGUGUUGGGCCCGUCCGGCGGCUACCCGUUCGCGCACGUGCCCAGCAAACCAGGCUCCACCGCAGCCUCCGGCCCGCUGUCCGUGGACCCCGAGAAGGCCGCGCCCGUGGACGCGUUUGUGUUGCCGUACCAGACGCAGCUCGGGUCCAAGACGUCCUUGCACGAGUUUGCGCGCAGCCUGGCGGACUUGCGCACGUACCAGCGCGGCUCGGGAUACCUGAGUCUUGCGGCGCCGGCGCCGGCCCGCGGCUCCCCUCACCCGACGCGUCCGGGCUCCGUGCUGCGCCUGGACCGCGGCGGUGCCGGGCCCGACACGUACCAUGACGCGUCGCCGGGCGGCGGCGCGGCCGGCUCGACGCUGUCCGGGUCCAGCGGGCUGUUUGGCGUGCAGUACGAGGGCGAGCUGAAGUCCACGGAGGGCACCAGCCUGCCGGGCUCGCGCCGGGGCCGCAACGGCGCGGCGCACGCAGAUUCCGACUUGGAGAGCGUGGCCGACUCCGACGGGGAGCUUGGGGGCGGCAGAGAACUGGGGGGCAGCGGUGAACUCGAGGGCAACAGAGGAGUACAUUCCGACAGAGAAGCCGGGGCCGACAGAAAUCUCAAGGUGGACAGAAAUCUCAAGUUCGACAGCGAACCCGGGGCCGACAGCGACCUCGGGGCCGACAGAGAGGCCGCGCCUGGGCCCCCCUUGCGGUCGCCGUUCGGGGACCGGCACGUGUUGGCCGCCGAGCCGCUCCCCGAGCCGGACAUGACGCCGCACGUGACGCCGGCGCUGGCCGUGCUGAGGGCACCGCGCAUGUCGCAGUUCGACAUGUUGCACAACGCCAGCGACGACGGCGAGCCCGCGGCCGUGUCCGCCGAGCCCCAGGCCAUGUCCGCCGAGCAGGAGGAGCAGUUGGCGCGCAUGAAGUCCGUGUACAACGUGUACUUCGACCGGCCCGCGUCCGUGGCCUCGCACCGCGACGCGCCGCCCGCCGCGUUCGAGCCCGACUCGCUGGCGCCGUUGCCGCCGUUGGACAUGGACCACUUGCCCAUCAACGCCGAGCUCAAGGGCGACACGGCCUACGACCGCCGCCGCACCGCCACGUCCUCGAUCUACGCGGACGGCAUGCACGAGCCCGCCGACGGCCAGGCGCUCCACCCGCACCAGCAGUUCCUAGCGGCCAGCCUGGGAUACAUGGAUGCACAGGGCGCGCAGGCGGACCAGCCACGGAGCGCCGGCCCCGACCCGGAGCACGUGCCGUCGCCGGCAGACUACUUGCCCUUGAAGGCGUUGCCGAACGCGUCCGACAUCCGCAACUCCACCAUCGAGACAUAUACGCUUUACGAGCCCACGACGAAGGUGGCGUCGCCGUCCAUGCGCCACCAGCAGGGCUACUUCGACGCCCCCCUCGCGUCGCUGCACAUGGGCUCACAGGCGUCGUUCGCCACCAGCGGCCUGCCGCGGUCGCCGUACUUUGGUGAGCUCCCGCCUAUGCUCCGCGAUGCCAGCAGCGGCCAGAAUCCCGGCUCCGCGCCGUCGCCGUCGCAGUUGUCGCGGAAGUCCGUGGUGAUGUUGAACCCGGUCAGCGAGAUCACGUCGCUGCGCACGUUCAAGCCGGCAGGCUCCUUGCCGUCGGGCAUGGUGGCUCCCCGCAGCCACUCCAGCGACGAGCUUUCCACGGUGGACGACCUAGUCGCGGAAAACAGGAAGAGCGCGGUGCGCCGGAUGAUGAACCUGAACUUCUAG